AUUCCAACCAAGCAUCCCGAGAUUCCAAUCGCAUCGAAAUGGGUGCCACGGCCUCGUGUAAGAAAUCCAACGGCAGUGGCUAUCCGGAGCACGAUGAUCCCAGCUACCGAAAGUGCCAGGAGCUCAAGAUGGAGCGCUGGAUCCAGAUGCACUACCAGAUCAAGCAGCGGGAACAGGCCUUGGCCAUUGCCCAGCACCGCGAGCUCUUCUACUGGCUGAGCGGUUUCUACCUGAGUGCCGUCUACGGCUGCGCCAGCUACUACCAGAGGGUCAAGAGGGUCUCCGCGCUGGCUCCGCUCCUGCCGCUCACCUUCGUGGUGGGCUACUACACGGACUGGGCCUACGGCAGCAAGCUGCACCGCAUCCAAGCGGAGGCCAACAUGAUCAUGGAGCACGAGCAGGAGCUGCUCCACUGGCCAGGCGGCCUGCCCACGGUGGCCGGAAUCGAUGAGGCCCGCGUGGAGACGGAAAUGGAAAAGAAAAUGCAUCCGCACCACAUGUAGAGGCAAAAGGCUGCCCCUCUCCCCGUUAGUCUGUAGGCGGGAUUGGGUUCUCGUGCUCAGGUCCCCAUUAAAAAUAUAAGGAAAAUAUUAUGCAACGCAAUCGAUAGAAUGCAAAUCACAAUCACACACAGUUUGAGGAGUUUGAGAAAGCCAUUAGCUAGAAUUGAAUUGUUUUUAAGCAUCAACAUUCGAGAAUGCUGAACUGUAGGGACCAUUUAACAACACUCCACAACACAAAUGAGUUUUAAGCAUAGAAAAAAUCUCCAGAAUGCUACAUUAUAAAUCACAAUUCCUACACAGUUCUUUUCAUCUACAGCAUUUGCAUUUUGAAGAAGCUGCCAGAGAAAUUAUUUCGAAACUUAAGCUUGUCCCUAACUGGAACACAUCAUAUCAUACAGCUCCUAAGGAGCGAUAUUUUCCCUUCUAAACUCACAAACAUAUAUCCAUAUAUCCUGCACAGAACCCCAGCCAGCCUACAGCGCCAGAUAGCUCAAAUAUAGGCCUAUAUAUUUAUAUUAUAUAUAUUUAUAUAUUCAGAACUCCUCUGUAACGACCAUUUACUUAGCCGCAGUUUACUUCUAACCUAAUCUAUCUAUCUGUGUGUGUCUACUCACUUGCUCGCUCUGGAAGGCGGGACGCGCUUCACUUUUCCAGCAAUUUUUUGAGACAAUACUCCUUAUAUUGGAUAGUUAAUGAUUGAUAUAUAUAUAUUAUAUAUUAUAUACAUACAUAUAUGUACACUUGAUAAAAAUUGUAGUCUAGAAUGUCUAAUAAAUGUUUUGCUCCCAGCUCAAAUCAAAA